ACUAAAAGGUCAAUUAUGGUACUAUUUACUUUAUCUUUUAUUUUGUUUUUAUCGUUAAAACUUAAAGUUUUCAAGUUUUUUCAUUAAUUUCCCUUAAAUAUAAAGAGUUAAAAUCACAAAUAGUCCUUGUUAUAUUGGAGUCAUAACAUUGGUCCAUUUCGAUUAAUGUCGUCUGCCACGUUAUUGCUCGGUCCUCCAUCGGAAACCCUGUUAGUGUGGUUGGCAUGUGGGUAAAGUGUCUCCUAGCGGCUGUCUGUACGCAAGAAUUUUUUUUCCUUUUUUUUUCUUUUCUUUUUUAGGAAAAAAAAUAGACUAGUUGGUGGCUUGGUCACAGCAGUGUACCAUUCUAGAGGCCGGGAGAACUCACAAAGUCAUUCCAGCCUCUCUUAGCCACAAUCAUAUGAUUCACCAAAUACUGGUAUGAAAGUCGUUCCCAACAACUGGACCAUAUCUUGCUAAUUCUCAUUUUCGGUUGGCGUCGCCUAGUUGUAUUGAGCUUGGCCCUUCUACUCCCAUUGGGCCUGAAAAAUGAAGGAUUCGCGACCCAAAAAGGCGUGUCGAUUCUCCGGAAAUUUGCCUCCUUAUCCCAAACCAAAAGCCCACUCGCCGGUCAGGAAAGCGCGAGACUCUCCGGUCUCCACAGCACAGCGGAAAAGCCAUGUCCCUCCUUCCCUCCGCCUCCAAGCUUUGCUGAAAUUGAAGCAUAAAGAAAUCACAAGGGACGUCAAGAACAAGUACGAGGGCAUAUGGAGGCUGUCCAAGCUCGGUGUCUCCGUCGACAAGGACCCAGGAAAGGACUUUCUCGGCGUCUCCGAUGGCUUGCUCGAACAGAUUGCCAAAGUGCUCGAAUUUCCCGGUUCCUUCGAUGCUGCCGACGGAGGCCUUCACGGUGGUUCUGAAAGGUUCUGAAAUCUUUUGAUGCAAGGAAGCAAGUAAUGUGCUGAAAGAACCGAAAUUCGUAUACAUUGUGGAAAUGGAUGUCGACAAACUUCUGAGUCUCGAGCCUCGCACUUGGGACUUCAUUUCCGAGUGGAGCCGAAAGUCGGGCUGGUAGAACACAUGCCUGAAGCGAGAAAAUCUGGAGAUUUGAUCAGUAUAAUACAUGACUUUGAAAAAGUACAUCAAGGUACAGUUUCUAGUGGUGGUGGACAUAACACGAAAAAUGGAUCCGGAGGGACAUACACGCACCCCACGGCUACAAAACCAAAAAUAGCAGUGGUGGAUACCGGACCAUCAGGGUUGUUUGCCGCCCUUGUUCUUGCGGAAUUUGGUGCAAAAGGAGAAAUAAGUAUACAGCUUUUUAUUUUCCUACAAACCUAAUGUUUAAUCUUAUUCGUUGCUUUCAUUUUGUUGGUUU